GGCAGGCAGGGCAGGGCAGGGCGGCCGCCCGGAGGUGGCCGGCGGCGGCGGCGGGGCGGCGAGCGCAGCAUGCCCGCCGCCUCAGACGCGCCUGCCUCCUGCCGCCGCUGCCCAUGGAGAUCGCGCUGGUGACUCUGGAGAACGGCGGCGCCACGGCCAUCGCCGGCGGCGAGGAUGCGGCGGCCGGCGGCGGUGGAGGCGGCGGCGGCAGCGCUCGGGUCCGGCGGCGGGGCAACUUGCUGCACAUCGCCGGCUCCGCCGCGCCGCGCCUGAGCGACGGCAAGGAGGGCGCCCCGCCGCCGGCUGCGAACGAGGAGCGGGAGCAGCCCCCGCCGGCCCCCCGGGAAGACGACGGGAGGCGCCGCAGCGGCAGCGCGGGCAGCAGCAACGGCCGGGCGGCGGCGCGCGGGGCCCCCUCCGCGCCCCAACCGCCGCCCCAGCCGCCGCCCCGCGCCCCGCGCCCCGGUACGGCGGCGGCGGAGAUGGGCCCCCCGGAGGAGGGGGGGCACCGCCGGGGCAUGGCCAUGGCGGCGGCGGGCGACGAGGAGGAGGAGGCGGCGGCGACCCAAGGCGCCAUGCACCACCAGCGGGUGCUGAUCAACAUCUCGGGGCUGCGCUUCGAGACCCAGCUGGGCACCCUCAACCAGUUCCCCGACACGCUGCUGGGGGACCCCGAUAAGCGCAUGCGCUACUUCGACCCGCUCCGCAACGAGUACUUCUUCGACCGCAACCGGCCCAGCUUCGACGGGAUCCUCUACUUCUACCAGUCUGGGGGCAAGCUCCGCCGGCCCGUCAAUGUCUCCAUUGACGUCUUUGCCGACGAGAUCCGCUUCUACCAGCUGGGCGAGGAGGCCAUGGAGCGCUUCCGGGAGGAUGAGGGCUUCAUCAAGGAGGAGGAGAAGCCCCUGCCCCGCAAUGAGUUCCAGCGCCAGGUCUGGCUCAUCUUUGAGUACCCCGAGAGCUCUAGCUCGGCCCGGGCCAUCGCCAUCGUCUCCGUGCUGGUCAUCCUCAUCUCCAUCAUCACCUUCUGCCUGGAGACCCUGCCAGAAUUCAGGGACGAGAGGGAGCUGCCCGUGCCCCUGCCCCCACAAAGUGGAGGUUUGAAUGGCACGACCAGGGACUCCCCACCUGUGCAGCCACCCAGUAGCCUCUCUGAUCCCUUCUUCAUCAUCGAGACUACCUGUGUGAUCUGGUUCACCUUUGAGCUCCUCGUCCGCUUUUUCGCCUGCCCCAGCAAGCCUGAGUUCUCUCGCAACAUCAUGAACAUUAUCGACAUUGUGGCCAUCAUCCCCUACUUCAUCACUCUGGGCACUGAGCUGGCCCAUGAGCAGCAGCAGCCUGGGGCCGGCAGUAGCAAUGGGGGUAGUGGCCAGCAGCAAGCCAUGUCCCUGGCCAUCCUCAGAGUCAUCCGCCUGGUCAGAGUCUUCAGGAUCUUCAAGCUCUCCAGGCACUCCAAGGGGCUGCAGAUCUUGGGACAGACUUUGAAAGCCAGCAUGAGGGAGCUGGGCCUCCUCAUCUUCUUCCUCUUUAUUGGCGUGAUCCUCUUCUCCAGUGCUGUCUACUUUGCUGAGGCAGAUGACCCCGAGUCUCAUUUCUCCAGCAUCCCCGAUGCUUUCUGGUGGGCAGUGGUAACCAUGACCACUGUGGGCUAUGGGGAUAUGCGACCUGUCACCGUGGGGGGCAAGAUUGUGGGCUCCUUGUGUGCCAUCGCGGGUGUGCUCACCAUCGCCCUGCCUGUCCCUGUCAUUGUAUCCAACUUCAAUUACUUCUACCACCGAGAGACUGAUCACGAAGAGCAAGCUGUCCUCAAAGAUGAACACAGUAGUGCUCAGGGCAGCACGGCAGGGGGGGGAGAUGCGAAGAGAAGAUCAAGUAGAAACUCUCUGAACAAAUCUGUUGUGCACUUGGAAAACAGUGAGGGGUUCAACAAUGGCACCGACUCUUUAGAGAAAACAAAUAUCAAAGCAAAAAGUAACGUAGAUCUCAGAAAAUCCCUCUAUGCUCUCUGUCUGGACACCAAUAGGGAAACAGACCUGUAAGGAGAGGAGAGGGUUAGAGUUCAGAGAUGCAGAAGGAUUUGCUGGUGUCAGAAACUUCCUACUACAAUUAUUCUUUUGGUACCAAUUAGUUUUUUAAAUCAGGCUAUAUUUUAUAAAUUGAUCACUGUCCUGGGUAGUCCUCCAGGAAUACAUGUUUUUAUGUUCUUUUUCCAUGACACAAAGGGUCACCUAUUUUUAAAAUAGACUAAGAAUAAGCUACUCUCCAUGAUGCAGGAGCUGGUAAAUUAUGACAGUGCAAAAUCUAAUUUGUAGCAACUUAUUUUAGCAAAUGGUGGUCAGUUUUAAAUGGGUCAUUUGUAAGCAAUUCAGUUGCUUCACGUUUAGUAUUAAAGAGUUGGGAGAUGUGUGUGUGAAGAGUGAAUGGAUUGGGGGGUGAGGGAGGUUGAGGUUUUUUGUACUGUAGUUUCAAAUUGAAAUUACUCCAAUAUAUUUUAUAUCUGUAUAACUGUAUUUAUGGUUGAAAGGGGAUUUCUUAUUCCUGUGAAAUACAACAUCGUUAAAGCACUAGGAACAUUAGCGGAUCAGCACUUUCAGAGUUUUCCACUUGUGAUCAGUACAGAUCUGGUUAUGUAGUAUGUGAAGUGAUUUUGGUGCUUUUAACCCUAUAGCAGAAAAUGUCUAUUGUCAUUGAUAUGUUAGUUUCUUGUGAGCCUUAAAUUAUUAAAUAUUGUAGAUAUACUUCUUUAUAAAUAAUUUUAUUAAUUACCUUCCUGUUUCAGAAUUUCUAAAUAAUUCAGUCCUGUGCUUACUGUCCCCACUCAUAAAAUGUAUGUGCAGCUUUUUUUUAAUUAUCAUUAUUUUUAUUGUAGUUUUACAGUUUUAUACCUUCAUUAUAUAUUUGGGACUAAAAGAAAAAAAUUGAUGUCUGCUGUUACUGGUUUCGAUCCAAGUGCACAACAGAUCAAAAACAUGAGGUAGUGAAUAGAUAUAUCAAGAAAGUAGAAUAUGAGUGCAAUAUCUGCAAAACUAUUUUCAUUGUACGCUCUAGAUUACUUUGGCAUGAGUAUCAGUCACCUUUAUGUAUCCAUUCCAUUUGUGUACACAAUUCACUUUUUAAUUAUCAUAGACUGGAAACAGACGGCACUUUAAGAGUCUAACGUGGCAUGCCGUGCUACUUAAAUAACCAUUGCGUGGCUUAUAUCUUGGACUCAGAUGGAAAGCAUCACCUAUCAUCAAAACACAUCCUUGUUUUCUUUUAUUUCCAUACAAAAACUUUUCCAGUGCUGUGGAUUUUACAGUUAAGAUGUUGCUGAAAGAUGAAUGACACAGUAUCUUCAUCGUGAUAACACAGCACUGUACAGCUUACUAGUGAAGACUGAAAUGAAGCUGCUUCUGUACUUUUAACACAAAGAGCUGUGUUAUCAUUUUUCUUGCAAUGGACAUCUCUGUUUUCCCCUCAAAUUUCUGUUUUAUUGCUGAAGGAUAUUUCAUGCCUUUACCACGUACAGUGGCAGAACAAGACUAGCAGAAAGAGAAGUCUUGAUUGUCAGCGCUCAAGGGCUGAAAAAGGCAAAACCAGAGGCAGACCCAGAGCUGUUGUGAACCAGUGCGCUGAAGAUGGCUUGUUUGCCUGGGAACAUUUUUGUUUUCUCAGUAAUACCAAGGGAUACAAUAAAAGCUCAUUUUUCUCUUCAGCAACCUGGAGCUCAUGCGGUAGCGCUGUUCUCCAGAUGGCUUUCCACGGCAUCGUCUUCCAUAACACACCAGUGAGCCACGAGACUGAGACAGAAAUUCCAGUGUGGGGAGGGUGUGAGUCAUGAGAUGAUACUGACCAUUAGGAAGACACUGCUGCAGAGACUGAAACCAAACCCAUUUAUUCCUUCUUCUCACAUCAUCUUGGGUUAGAAGUUGCCGAAAAAUAUUCUCCUGGAUAAAUAACUGUGAUGUCCCCAUCAAGAACAUGUUCUCAGUGAGUUGGAUUUCUUCAUUCAAAUUAUUGAAAAUCUCUUCUGCUUGGAGGUUUCUCUAGUAGAGGAAUUGUUCGGCACCACAGAAGCAGUGUGCAGGGGUCCCAUAAAAGUUUAAAUGCUUUGAACUCACUCCCCGGCACAAGAAGACUUUACUAGUUGACAUUUUGUUUGGAAAUAAAUGAGUUCAUGUCAUAGUUCGGGCAUCUUUCCCCAUGGUUCUUACAUAUCAGUUUCUCAUAAUUCUGGAAGAAGAUUCAAGUGUUUGUUCUUUUUGUUUUAUUGGCAUUCAUCUUUGUUUAUUUAUUUUGUAUUCUUGAGAUGUGUUGCAUCUCUGCAGUUUGUAUUUCUACUUUUAGCGUAAAAAGCUGUACAAAAAGUCUAGAAUGCAUCUGAAGAUUAGUCUAAUUUUUCAUGUGACUUUGACUUGAACAUUUUCCUGUUUAUGUUUAUAUUGGUAUUUCAAAAAUGUGCAUUACCUGUAUUCUUCAUGCCUUUUUCCCAUCUAUAACUCAAUAAAAUUAUGUCCCCAUUCUGCAGAACCAUAUCACAUGUGCAUA